AUGAAGAGAACUCGCUCGCCAUCUGUGAAGUUGGGACCGCCUGACUCGCCUCACAAGUUCAAAAAGCUCAAGCUACUAGACUCGUACGCAGCGGACUCUCCUUUCCCCGAUUAUCCUCAUCCUACACCGGAAGAGGCUGCGGAAGUACAUGUUAUCCUGUCGAAGCACCAUCCCCACCGUCAGUCGGAACGCAAGACACCAUCUGCGGCUAACAAUUCCGCUCAGACGUGCGGGGGAGUGCCGAACGUGAUCGAAUCCCUCAUAGGGACGAUUCUGUCACAGAACACCUCGUCGAGGAACUCUACUGCCGCAAAGAAGAAGUUGGACGAGGCAUUUGGGAGGAACAAUUUCGCCAGAAUUGCGUCUGCUCCCCGGCCGGAGGUCGUAGCCGCGCUCAAGACCGGCGGACUGGCUAACAAGAAGGCUGCAACGAUCCAAAAGCUGCUGGCUUCAAUCAAGGAUAAACAUGGCGACUACACACUUCAGCACCUCGCCCAGAAGGGCGUGCCAGACGACGAGAUCAUGAAAGAGCUGGUCUCAUUUGAUGGGGUCGGUCCCAAGACAGCCUCAUGUGUCCUACUCUUCUGUCUAGGAAGGGACUCAUUCGCCGUGGACACCCAUGUCUACAGACUCAGCAGGCUCCUAGGAUGGGUGCCGCAGAAAGCUGACCGUGUACUUGCUCAGGCCCACCUGGACUUGCGCAUUCCAGACGAACUGAAAUACGGUCUCCACGUUCUCAUGGUCACGCACGGGCGGCAAUGUCCUGGUUGCAAGAACCAGGGCAAGGGGCCAUGUCCGCUAAAGACAUACCUCAAGGAGCGGAGAGGUGUCAAGGACGAAGAGCUGGAUGAGAAAGUAAGAGAGGCUGACCAGGAGGUCAAAGAGGAGUAUCCCGAGUCCACUGUGCACGGCCAAGACGUGCGGUGAGCAGCCAGAAGUCCUCCAUCUUACUCAUCAUCAUCAUCAUCAUCCAGCGGAAAGUCGAAUUUUGUGGGGGCAGCUGGGCG